AUGCCCGCCGCGGAUACCCCUCUCUUUGGCGAUUUAUCCGCCGACGAGCGCGACUAUGCCCUGCAUGCUGUAGCACGACAGCUCGUGCACUGCCAGAUCGUGCCGAUUGCCAGGGCAACGACGUGGGACGCGCUGGAGGAAGCACUCCAUGCGACUCCAAAUCCUAUUGAUGUACUUGACGCGCUCUGCGAAUGGCUCACUGCGACUCCUCGCGCUCUGGAAUGCAUGCUGGUGCCCGUGCCUCCUGGCGCAUAUGCCAUGGACUAUACGACCUUGGACACGUACAUGGUCCCUCGUCUAGUUGCUGCACUCGCUGUGAUGCAUGCGCAUAUGCUUUGGGCGGAAGAGACAGGUGCUCGCCCUUCGGCGGCUGUCCUUGACACCGCGCAGGAUACGAUCGCCGCCACUAUGCGCCUGGUCGGCACAGUGCUUCACCUAUGCUUGUCCGCUACGCGGCAGACUUCUCAUGUACGGUUUCUUCUCUAUGAUACCCUUCGCUCAGGCGUGCGCACACUGGUGAGCCUAGGUGCGUGGCCUCGCGAACACGAACGUACCUUGGCAAUCCCACCUGCUCUCAAGGACCAAGCGCCUAUGGACGCGUGGGUCCUGUGCAGUAUGGACACGGUGCCUGCACCUUUUGCGCUGGCUCCGCUCACCGAUGCACCACUGCCUGCACGUGCCCCCAACACGCCGCCCUAUGCAUGGACCUCGAGCGAUACAGCCACACUUUCCUUGCCCAUCCGUGCACCUCAGAGCGCCUGGGCGGCACAAUCCCUCUUGUCUCUAUGUACGCGAAUUGCAUCGGAACUUGCGUCCGUGUUUCCCAUGGCCCUGCAAGACGUCGUUGAGCAAGCCGUGCGCGUACUUCUCGUCAUCGACGAUCCAUCAUCCACACCAUCUCGGCUCCUGCUCGAGGCCCUUGUCGCUGCUGUCCCGGUGGUUUGCCAAUCCCCUACACUUUUCCAUGUGGCCCGUAUGGUGCUGGCAUGGGAGCUCUGGCCAGAAACAGACAAUGUGGCCAUGCAUGCCCUCGCCAUGGUGCUGGACCACCUGUACGAUGCCCUGGUGGCUCGCCGCACACCGACACUACCACCGGAAGCUCAUGGACUUUUGGACGACCCUCGUGCCGUGCUUGACACGUGGAUUCAGCAUGCCCUGCAGACGACGGGCGUGGAGCGGCAGAUCCAUGUGGCCCAGCUCUGUAUCGCACUGACCUUGCUGGAGCAGCAAGGGCCCACCGCGCAGCAGUGGGACUCACUUCUGGAGCUGGACGACCGGAGAAUUACCGCUGAAGCUGCGCGAUGGGCGAAGGAUGCCCCCCUGAGUCGCAGCGCGAGCCCCUCGUUGCGCGUCAGCGCCGGGCCGCCCGCGAAACGGCCUCGCACCUCACUCGUUCGUGCGCAUCAAGGGCUGAACGGUAGUGAAGCAGAGGAGCCACCCGUCACGCCGGCACCGGCACCGACGCCCUCCGACGUUUGUGCGCUAGUGCAGGGUGCGUCACUCUCCGACCCUCUUCGCGCACGCGAGACGUUGCGAACCCUGCAGGUGUGGCUCGCGCAGCUGUCCGAGGCGGAUCUCGCGGGAUGGGACUGGGACAGUGUUCAUGUUCUGCUUGGUCAGACACUCACACAUAUUCGACGUGGCGUACGCGUGCUCGCCGGCCGCGUUUUGCCCUCUGCCGUUGCACGUCUCGCUGCCCUGCCUCGCGACCAGCGUCCGGCGACCUGGGCUGCCACAAUCGAGCGGCUCGUGCGUCUUGCAACAGAAGCAGCGAGGAGCUCUGACCACAAGAUCCAAGAGACGGCCGUGCUAAGUAUUGCGCGUCUGGGACGCAUUCACGAUGACGUGUGUUUCGUUCCCGUGAUGGCAGCACUCGUCCAUGUCCUUUACACGCCACACGUCUUUCUCCGUGCCCUCGUCACUACAGAAUUUGUCCAGCUAGCAGUGUACCGCAGGUGUACUGCAUUCCAACUGCUCUCACAGCACCUGGACCUGGUGUGCGAGGCUGCGCUCGAUGCUCCCUGCGCACCUGUACCUGCUCUAGGCGAACUCGCACGGCUCGUGGGUAUGCACGCCACGACGUUCCUACAAACGACGCUUAGCUCGACCCUUCCGCUACUCCUUGUACAGCACGCCCUGGGGAAGCCAGAGGCAGGCACCGCCAUGGAGGCCAUGGCCCAAGCAACGAGCCAGUCUGUGCCUACUAUGUGUCUCUCCCAUGUGUCUGACCUGUUCCACCACAUCUUUUUGCAGCCUGCGGCUGUACGCGAUGCGAGCUUGCAGAGCCUACUUACUCUGCUCGGCACCCGCAGCGUCACAGUUGCUAGUCUGUUGCGCAGCCGCCUGCAUGAUGUGCUCGGCUGGCUCGUCGUGCAUCUCGGGUCGGACGAGUGUCGUGCACAAGCGCUCGAAGGCCUCGAAUUUGUGCGCACCACGGUAGCAACGAGCGGCAAGUGGCGCGGUAUGGACUUGACCGCCUUUCUACAGGAGGAAGUACUCGCCAUCCUCACAUGGGUGAACGACGACCUCAGCGGUGUCCACGGCAAGCUGCGCCCCGGCCGCCGGGCCAUGUCUGUGCGCAGUAUUGGUGCGCUUGUGCAGCAGAUCGGCGCGGUAGCUGCGCGCGUAGUGCCUCAGGUACUUGCGAGCCUGACAAGUACGCUGCAGCAGUCCGACUUGGCACUGCCGACGCUUGAGAGCUGGCUCUGCGUUGUGCAGGAGCUGCGCGGUCCCGAUCUUGGUGCCAUUAUCGGUCCCACGACGGCCGCAUUACUCGCUGCAUGGCCGCGAUUGGACUACACCGAGCGCCAGGUCGCCGCGCGCGUGCUACGGUCUGCUGUGAUGGAGAGGACCACAGACCUGAGCUUCCUCGAUGAUGUCCCGAGUCUGGAUGCGAUUGCCGACGACGUUCCCGACGUGGCGCAGCGGAUUCGCGCGACGCGGCGCGUGUGGGAUGACGAGGCAUGCUUUCAGCACAUUCUCGAGCGUGUGUCGAACGACCGUACAGCUAUCUGUGUGCAGUCUUUGCAUGAACUUCGUGCAUUUCUACACGAGCGGCGCGCGUGCAUCAGUGGCUGGACGACGGGUAACGUGUUCCACCCACUGGUCGGGCGCUGCGUGCGAGUACUUAUGGCAGUUGCGACGCGGAUGGAGCUGAGCGCCGAUGUGGCGACACUGUGCCUCGAAUGCCUCGGCGCCCUCGGCGCCGUUGAUCCUGAUCGCUUGGAUAUGCCACCAGACGAGCCCAUAUUUGUCCUGCUCCACGACUUUGAGCAGAGUGACGAGAGUAUAGCACUCGCGCAGCGCCUGCUCGUCGACCUUGUCGUGCCUGCAUUUCGCGCCACACACGAUACCAAGCAUCAGGCAGGCCUGGCCUACGCGAUCCAGGAGCUGCUCAAGUUUUGUCAGUUUACGCCUGCGCUUCUCGAUGCAUCGGCUCCCCACAUUGUGCCUGACAAGCUGCGUCGGCGCUGGGCCGCACUGCCUGAGGGCAUCCUACCCACUCUCUUGCCACUCCUCAACUCGCGGUAUGUGGUACAGAGCCCUGAGCCGCGCGCGCGGAGCAUGCCGCUUUAUGUGCACUCGACGUCGUAUCGCGACUGGAUCCAGGCGUGGGUCCUCUUGCUUAUCCGCGCCGCGCGGCCUGGCGAUGCAGCGGCGCUUUUCAGUCUCUUCGAAUCGGUGGUGCGUGAUCAUGACGUGGGCAUCGCUCAGGCACUACUGCCGCACCUGGUUCUGCACGUGCUGAUCAAUGGCUCGGCGGAACAGCGCCGCAUGAUCCUGGAGGAGCUGCGCGCUGUGUUGGCCGACCAAGCACAGCCAGCGCUUGGCUACGAGCCGGAGCGCCGCCGCAUGACAGCACAGACGCUCUUCGUCGUGCUGGACCACAUUGGCCACUGGAUGCGGCGCAUGCGUCUCGUGCCGCCGCGCGCGGUCAAGCGCAGUCGGUUGCGCGAUGCGCUUGUGGAUGUACAGGCACUCAUGGAUGAGCUAUCUCCCGACCUGCUCGCACAGGCGUCGCUCCAAUGCGAUGCCUAUGCGCGUGCACUGCUGCACUUUGAGUACCGCAUACGGGCUGCGGCACGCACACAGCGGCCGGAGGAACUACAGCCGUACUACGAAACGAUGCAUGAGAUUUACGCAUCACUGGACGAUCCUGACGGCAUGGAGGGUAUCUCGACGUGCGUGCUGGAGCCGUCGCUCGAACACCAGAUCCGCGAGCAUGAAAGCACAGGGCGUUGGACCGACGCACAGAGCUGCUGGGAAGUCGAGCUGCAGCGGCGUCCCGACGACGUGCGGCUCCAUAUGGGGCUCCUUCGCUGCCUUCGCAAUCUGGGCCACUACGACACGAUGCGCACACACAUUCGUGGCGUGCUGGCCAUGCACGAAGCAUGGCAGCCACAGCUCGCGCCGUUCCAGAUUGAGGGCGCCUGCAUCCUUGCUGACUGGGAUGCCGUGCGGCGCCUCGUGCAGCAGGCACAUGCGGUCCCCGAGCUGGGCAUGGCGCGUGCACUACUAGCUAUUCGCGAGGCGGAUGAGCUUGCCUUCUCGCUGGCCGUCCAUGAUGCGCGCCAGCAGCUGGGCCGGCGGCUCACGGGCCCGAUGCGUGUGUCGUAUGCGCAAGCAUACGACACUGUCACGCAGUUACACAUGCUAUGUGAACUGGAGCUCAUAUUCCAGGCGCGGGGCAACGAGGCCGCAUUAGAUGCAAGUCUUGCCGCACGCUUCAAUGCGACGCUUCCAUCAUUCCGUACGCGUGAGCCGGUGUUGAGUCUGCGACGCUCGGCGCUCCAGGCGUGCCGAGCACCAGCGACGGCGCUGGGGGCGUGCUGGAUCCUGAGUGCCAAGACAGCACGCAAGGCGUCGCAUACACAGACAGCGUACAGCGCCAUCUUGCAGGCGAUGCAGUGUGGUGCUCCCUAUGCGUUUGUGCAAAAGGCCAAGCUGUUGGCUCACACGGACCAAGUACAAGGUGCGCUGCAGACGCUGAACCACGCGCUGCGCCAUCAGCCUCCUACGGACGGCGACAAUCACGCACUGGCGCAUGCGCAUCUAUUGCGAGCGCGCCUCGUCGAAGAUACGGCGCGGUUCCAGCAGAACGACAUUGUACAGCACUACAAAACAUGCACAAGUCUGGACCCCCUGUCCGAAAAAAUUUGGUACUAUCUCGGGCAUUUUUACGACACGCCUAGUGGCGGCCCCGUGGGAAACCAGAUGCUACUGCAACUGAGUGUUUGUCGCUUCUACAUGAAGAGUGCGCAGCAUGGGACCAAGUUUUUGUACCGCACACUGCCGCGAAUGCUGACCAUUUGGCUAGAUGCAGGUAAUGAGCUUGCUGAGUCGGAGGCUCGAACAGAGGAAGAGGCGCGGCAGGCCUCGCAGCAGUUUGACAAGAUCAACGAUAUGAUGCUCAAGUCGGUGCGGCACCUCGCUCGGUACCAAUGGUUUGCCGUGAUGCCACAGCUUGUUGCGCGCAUCGUGCACAAGAACGAGGCAGUGUGGCACGUGCUGUUGGAGAUUAUUGUCGCGGUUGUUGCGGCUUACCCUCAGCAGGGCGUGUGGGCCCUGAUUGCCGGCUCGCACUCCAAGGACAAGCGGCGCAAGCAGCGAUACGAAUGCAUCGUGGAGCGCAUUGCCUCCUCACCGGAGCGUGCAAUGCGCGAGGUCGUGCCGAUUAUCGAGGCUGCGGAGCGUGUAUCGAUGGAGCUACUGCAUCUGUGCGACUAUCAUGUGCACAAGGAAGCGACACUCAGCAUGAGCAAGCACUUUCCUGCGCUGCUGGCGGCUGUCCAGAAGACGCCCCUGGUCCUACCGCUGCAGUCGUCGAUGACAGUUCUGCUCCCUCCCAAUGGCCAGGCGAGUCAGACGCACCGGCCGUUCCCACCAAACCUGCCCAUGAUCCAGGGCUUUGACGACACGAUCGACAUAAUGCAUUCACUGCAAAAGCCGCGCAAAAUUGUCGUUCAUGCCUCCGACGGCGCUCGGUACCCGUUCCUGUGCAAGCCACGCGACGAUCUGCGCAAGGAUGCACGGCUGAUGGAGUUUGAUGCCAUGAUCAACAAGCUGCUCCAGAGCAGCUCCGAGUCACGUCGCCGCCGCCUAUAUAUCCGCACCUAUGCGGUCAUCAUUUUGAACGAAGAAUGCGGUCUGAUCGAAUGGGUGCCGAACACCGUGGCGUACCGCCAGAUCCUAGCCAAGCACUAUGCGGCGCUUGACAAGCCCCUGUACACGCAAGAUCUACGCACACUGCUCGAUGAGGCACGCGCUGCGCCGAAGAAUGCGGCCGCGCUCUUUGACACGCAGAUUCUGUCUCGCUACCCCCCCGUGUUCCAUGCGUGGUUCCUCGAAACGUUCCCCGAGCCGAGCGCCUGGUUCAAGGCGCGCUCAGCGUACGCACGGACCGCUGCUGUCAUGUCCAUGGUGGGCUUUGUGCUUGGGCUGGGUGACCGCCACGGCGACAAUAUCCUCUUUGAUGCCGGGUCCGGCGACACGGUGCAUGUGGACCUGAACUGCCUGUUUGAGAAAGGCACGACCUUCGAGAUUCCCGAGCGUGUGCCGUUCCGCCUCACGCACAAUAUGGUCGAUGCGCUGGGUGUUGCUGGCGUCGAGGGCGCGUUCCGACGUACGGCAGAGAUUGCUUUGGGCAUUCUACGCGACAACAAAGAGUCACUCAUGAGCGUGCUGCAGGCCAUGGUGCAUGAUCCUCUCGGCGAGUGGGUCGCGACUGAGCGCCGCGCGCGCCAGCGACAUGGCGGUGACAAGAGCGCGAGUACGGGCGGCGGCGCUGGCGCACGCAAAGCCCUACAAGGCGUGUCCGACAAGCUCGACGGGCGCCUGCGGCGUCCUGGCCUAUCAGACACCGAGCGGCACACCACGAAGAACUUGGUGCACAUGCUCAUAUGCGAUGCUACCAGCUCGUACAAUCUCUCGCAGAUGUACGUGGGAUGGGCUCCCUAUUUGUAG